UUUCGUGGUGACAUGGCAUAAAUAUACUCGCUUGACAUGAAUACGCUUGUUUGACAUAAAUAUGACCGUGUUAAAAAAUAGAAUUGACAUCGUAUUGUGUAGUUGGAUUGAAAUGACAUCGUUUCAUGCCCAAAGUUUGGUCAGAAAAUGAGUAAAUAUGCAAAUUGAGAAAAAAAUCAAUAGUUGAGUAAUUUUAAUAAAGAUUUUAAAGUUCGUGUGCAAAAUGAGAAUUUGUUGAAAGUUUAGUUAUAUGCAAUUAACCCUAACCUUAAACAUUUGAGGAAUCUAAUAAUUGUUUGGAACAUGUACUUUAGCAUUCUAAUUAGGUAUGAAUCGAAGUCCAUCAAUGCAAUGUUCAAGAUAAAACCUCCUGGAAAAUCUGAGGAUCAAUCCUUAUCUUAAGUUGGUUGAGAUGUGAAGGAAGAAUGUCUCUUUCUAGUUGUCAUCCAUAAAAGUAGAUUGCUUGUAUUUCUCCCGGAACCUCUUCCUCCUCGAUACUAUCGACAGAAGCAUUUAGAAGUUCACUGUAAUAAAGAAAAAAACACACAGAACUUGGCUCUUCCUAAGAAUGAGAUAUCAAAGCUGCCUGAGCUCUACUUUGACCGACUGCAGCUUACUGACCAUGAAUGUACAGGGAUGCGAAGGCGAGAAUUUGGUCAUUUUGUUGCUCGUAAAGCUAUACUGGAUGAAGAAUAUUGGACAGCAGCAUGGCUCCGAGCAGAAGCCCAUUGGGAAUCCUUGUCUUAUAUGAGGCAUGUUGAUAGUUACAAAAGAAAGUAUGCCGAGGAGGAGUUCUAUGCUUUGAAGCGAAGAUGUCAUGGACAAGACGGGAAGUCAUUGAACUGCUUCUGUUUUGUUGCAAUUAAGAAAGAAGAUAAAAAUGUCCGGAGAACAGUCCUGAACAGUAUAGUGGGAACUUUGGAUUUAAAUAUCAAGCAAUUCAGGCAAGGGGAAACACAUCCUGGGAAAUCAAAGAAACUUUCUGCAGUUUUGGCUGGCCAAGAGCCCUUUGAUUCCCGUAAAUAUGCUUACAUCGCUAAUGUUUGUGUGGCAAAGUUUGCUCGACGCCGGGGCAUUGCUUCGAACAUGUUAUACUUGGCUGCUGAUGUAGCCACAACGGCAGGGAUGAAGCAGCUUUUUGUUCACGUAAAUGCAGAUAACAAUCCUGCACAGGAUCUGUACAAAAAAAUUGGUUUUCAAGUCGUUGAGGAGGCUUCUUCUUCGACGUCCGAAGAUGAGAAGAUACUGAUGUCCAUGGAACUGUAAUCUCUGAUGUCAGGUGAUGCUGCCUCAUAUUGUACAGUGCUCUAAAUUCUUUAAGUCAACUACUUGUUGGUUUUCUGUGUGUGUAGUUUUUAAUAAAUGAUUAGGUAUAUAUAUAGAGAGAGAAGGUUUAGCACAACGUUGCAAACUGUAAUUACAAUUGUAUAUGAACUUGAGUUAAAUUAAGUUGCAUGCUUGUUGCAUUGCUUUAA